AUGUCGCAUCAGGCUCCAAUUCGCCCGCCUCCAGCGCCUCGGGCGUCGAUAGUGGGCAAUGAUUCCGGUCCCGAAUCGCCGUUUCCGUUGCGUAUGGAAGGAGAAGUCGUCUCUGGGUUUGGGAGAGGUUCUAAGGAGCUCGGUAUCCCGACCGCGAACAUACCAGUGGAAGGCGUGUCAUGGCUUGAAGCUGCAGAAAGCGGCGUCUACUUUGGCUGGGCGGGUAUCAGAUUGCCCGACUCUCAUCCAGACCUCUCUUCUCGUUCUCCCAUUUCCACCUCACACCCAAAUUGGCGCAUGUACCCUAUGGUUAUGUCGAUUGGCUACAAUCCGUUCUACAAAAAUACCGUGCGCAGCGCAGAGGUACAUAUCAUGCAUGAAUUUGCGCAGGACUUUUACGGUGCAUGGAUGAGGGUGUGCCUUAUGGGAUUUAUUCGGAAGGAAUUCGAUUAUGUGGAUGUGGAGAGCUUGAUUAAGGAUAUUAAGACUGAUAUUGAGGUUGCGAGGGCGAGUUUGGAUAGAGAGAAUUGGCGAGCUGGAAAAGAGACAGAGUGGUUGGGUGGCAGUGGAUGGAAGUCUGCGAGCUGA